CUGUGCGGCCGCGGGGCGCACGCGCGCGGGGCUCCGAAACGAAUUCUGCGCCGCGAAGCUGUGCAGGUAGGUGGUAGCUGCGCUGGGCCGGCGGCCGCCGCGACUCCACGUGCUCCCCGCGGCCCGUUGCAGCCGUUGGCGGACGCCGGCUAGAGGACAAGACUUAUAGUCUCUCUUGGAUAGAGAAUAUUACAUCAUUUAGCUAAAAAUGGUAUUUUUUACAUGCAAUGCAUGCGGUGAGUCAGUGAAGAAAGUACAGGUGGAAAAGCACGUGGCCGUCUGCAGGGACUGCGAGUGCCUCUCGUGCAUCGACUGCGGUAAAGAUUUCUGGGGCGAUGACUACAAAAACCACGUGAAAUGCAUAAGUGAAGAUCAGAAGUAUGGCGGCAAAGGUUUUGAAGGUAAAACUCACAAAGGCGAUAUUAAACAGCAGGCGUGGAUUCAGAAAAUUAAUGAAUUAAUAAAAAGACCCAAUGUCAGCCCCAAAGUGAGAGAACUUUUAGAGCAAAUUAGUGGUUUUGACAACAUUCCCAGGAAAAAGGCAAAAUUUCAGAAUUGGAUGAAGAACAGUUUAAAAGUUCAUAAUGAAUCGAUUCUGGACCAGGUGUGGAGUAUCUUUUCCGAGGCUUCCAGCAACGACCCAGCUGGUAAAGGGCAAGAUCAACAGCCACUCAACCAAGUGGCAAAGCUACCUGCAGAAAUCUCCACCAAGGUGGCACCUUCCAAAGCAAAUGACACCACGGAAGGACAAGUAGAGGUGAAGAAAAAUAAGAGGGAAAGGAAAGAAGAGCGGCAGAAGAAUAGAAAAAAAGAAAAGAAGGAACUAAAAUUAGAAAACCACCAAGAGAAUUCAAAAAGUCAGAAGUCUAAAAAGCGCAAAAUGAGGCAGGAGGCCCAGCAGGAGGCUGGGGGCGUGGACGCCCCCCAGGCCACUGGCCCUGAAGGGAAGAAGGGCCGGAGGAAGAAGAGCAAGGGCCAGCUUGCAGAGGAGCAGGGAGAGGAUGGAGCCACGGACGAGGGACAGACAAAGGCCGGUCCAGGAAAGAGAAAGCGGAAGCUCUCCGAAGCUGAAGCAGAUUCUAAGAAGAAAAAGAUGAAGGUUCCAGGACAUUCCGAGGGCGGAGAACCAGAAAACCAUGAAGCUGCUCCUGCCAAAGGUAAAUUCAACUGGAAGGGAACCAUUAAAGCAAUUCUGAAGCAGGCCCCAGACAACGAAAUAGCAAUCAAGAAGUUAAGGAAAAAGGUUUUAGCUCAGUAUUAUGCCGUGACAAACGAACACCACAGGUCUGAAGAGGAACUCCUGGUCAUCUUCAGUAAGAAAGUCAGCAAGAACCCCGCCUUUAAGUUACUAAAGGACAAGGUCAAGCUUUUGAAAUGAACAUUUUUAUAUUUAUAAAUUGAGUCCAUUCUGUUGAUUUCUUCCUUUCAGUGCUCUUUGUAAAACAUGUCAUGAAUAAUAACAACUCACAUUUUGCUUUCAUAACUUGUACUUUUAAGUUAAGAAGAAUAUAUAUUUUUGGUAGAAAUUUUAUGAGAAAAUAAACUCUAUUGUCCAAAAUUCUAAA